AUGGCGAUUAGCCAUCUUGGGUUGUCGGCCGUUGGUUGGCACUUGAUGAUCGACUCUUGGUGGGACCUAAUAGCCAAGGAAGAGCUCAACUCCUUUGGCGUCUUCCUUGGAAGCCUAGCCAACCCCCCGACCGCGGCCCAGCAUCGUCUCCUCUCUCAAUGGGACAUACUCGUUCUCGAUCCUUUUCAGGACGGCGUCACAGACGCAUUGAAGACAUGCCAGCCCAUUUCCAAGCAUGUGCUUGGUCGUAUCAAUGUGGAUGUGCUGACCAAGCACUGUCACUCGGGCGGCAAAGCAGAGAAUACCAUCGAAAAGUUGAACGUGGUCACGGAGGCGUUGGAACGGCAUCUGCUCGUCGGGUACCGCGGCGUGCUGCUCGCCGGCUUCCGCGAGCAUUUCCAGACAGCAGUCAUGAAUGAGCUGUCCAGCUACAUCAGAAAGCUCGGGCUCGAUGUGUGGCUCGAGCUGUCGUGCCCAGAAUAUCUGGCCGAGGAGGAGGCCCGCGCGAUUGACAUGGAGCACAUCAAGGGCAUCGUCUACCGCAACGGCACGAUCCGGCGAGAUGGUGACCGGCAGAACUUCUUCCAGAUGGCGGCGAUGCGCACUGUGAUGCGCGCAGUCGCCGCACAGCGAGUGGCCCAUGGUCCUGCGCUCGUCAUGUGGGAGACGGUCGACAACGACAAGGAAAUGCAGUUCGCCGUUGUCGUGCGCGCCUACAACUGGUGCACGUACAACAGCGCGCUGUGCUGGGUAGGGCACGCCGAUGCGCUAUUCAAUGCCGAGUCUGCGCGCACCCGGUCCAUGACGGCCAAGCCUCUGGGAGCCCUCAUGUGGUUGAAGAAUGAGGCCAACAUGAGCGCCCACGACACUUGGCGUGCCAACGACAAGAUCGCCAUCACCUCCUCAGCUAGUCGGGAUGCCAUCUGUGACUCCAUAUCCGCCUUUCUUCCAGGCCUCUCGUCACGCCUUCGUCUUCUCCCGCCGAUAGUCGACGCCCAUCAGGUCCCGGUGCCUCGGCCGCAGGGCACGCCGGUUCCCUCGGCCCGACGCGAUCCCUUCCUCAACCCUUCCUCGGCCAAGACAAGUGCCCUGUCAGUUGAGCCCCGGGACCGCAGCGUCGACCUCGACGUGGACCUCGACCUUGGUCUUGAUCUCGACUCCGUAGGGCUCGGCUGCUUUCAACUCGGCCACAAGGCUGGUUUUGCCGACUUUGCACAGAUUCGCGUGAACCAGAGUGGCCUCGCCGAUCUUGACCUGUUGACGAGGCUUGGGCCUGACGAACUCGGUACCGUGUGCAGCCAAAUUGAGACACUGUGCAACGACCCCGACCUCAGCCCAAAGACGCUCAAUGCAGUCCACGAUCUCGUCCAUCUGCUCCGUACAUGUGCCCCCGACAAUGAGCAAGAUGCACGCAUCAAGAUCUUCUCGGGCCUGCACUCCGGCUUCCAGACCGACUCCGGGACGCAGUACUGGGGUUUGUACACCCUCGAACCCUCGGAUUGCAUUACUCUUCAUCUGUCCAACAAGGCCAAAGACCGCACAGCAACGAUUCUGCAUACAUUUCUAUCCAGUCGUCAACUUACAUGCGCCGAGUGUCUCCUGGCUGAACAGACCUUGGCGCGUAGGACAGGUCGACUAGACGAGGCGUGGCAGCUGGGUGCUCGCAUCGUAAACGACCUCGAGCGUCUCUCGCCAGCCGAGGCCCUCCUGCUUACUCGACAACUACACUCCUCUACAGUCAGCUCAGAGUUCCUGGCCAAGAUCCGUGACUGCCUCGACUAUCAGCUGCUCGACAAACCGUCUCUGACCCAGCAGCGCGCUCUUGGCUCUGUUGACUACCUGAGCGGCGCCAUCUCUGCCGAAAACCUGGUUGAGUCUCGUCUGUCAUGGCUCGCUGGGAAAGGCUGCUGUACCCCCGAUCGUGCCGAGGCCGUCAGCCUCUUUGCGGAAGUUGAGAAUCGUCUGUACUCUGUUCUGAUACAAAGGGAAACCUCGGCUCUUGAGGAGCUGAGCCGUGGCAUCCAGGAACUCGUGCAAAGCGGGCCGGUCGAUGCUGGUGUCGACAUCUUUGCUCUCGCCGUCUUCUGUGCAUUUCGCAAGCUUGCGCUUGACGAAGUCUACCUUGAGGUCCUGGAUCGCAAUGUAUACCCCAACCACGGUGCCGAUCAGGCGGGUUGCUUCGCCGAGAAUUUCGCUCUAGGCUCGCGCUGCGACUCCUUCUUCGAUGCCACUCCACGCGCCAUCGGUCGCAUCAUUGCCAGCCGAUACCGCGAAUACUAUAUGAAGUAUCAGCCGCCGUUGCGCGACGAGAUGUUUACAGAGCUCCCGACAACGUACGCUUCCAUGCAGGUUGAUCUUGAUCCCAACGUCGGCAAGGAAAAGGUGGCUUUAGCAUACCAAAUCACUUUCUUUGCCAUAUUCGCCGUGCCUGCGCUUAUCGACGUUAUGCUGCUCACCACCAUUGGACGUGGCUUAUACCUAAGCACCUAUAUGUCUUCGGAGCAGAAGACUAUGGCAACAACGGCCCUCAUGCUAGCUCUGCUGAUGAGCGGUUCAUUUGGGGCUUGGAUCUGCUCAGGUGGAAGCUAUUACUUCUACGCAAACACCUUUCCUGCAAUGAACAUGUUCGUGCUCACCCGAUGUGUCGCCGGCUUCGCCACCACAAUUGUCGCAGCCAUCGGCGGCUUCAUUGUCAUCACGUUUGUCCAGAGACUAGAGGCUGCACUCAUCUUUCUGUACUACUUUGUGAUGCUGUCCACAUAUCUGCUGGUCCUGAAUGCCCUGUCCAUCUACCAGCUCCCUGGGUCAAGCUUCCUGUCAGGUCGAACCGUCAUCUUCUAUUGUAUGCCCAUCAUGUUCAUCUCACCCGUUGUUAGCAUGUUCGCGGGGCGCGACAUCGUUGUCUACCUCCCGGUUCUCAGCUGCUUCUUGAUCGCUCUCCUGCUAGGUGCCCGGAACAUUAUUUCACAAUGGAGCUCUUGGUAUUUGAACAUUCCCUUUGUGACCGACGCCGAAGUAAUCGGCUGGUAUCGCAGGGGGACGAAUGCUACCGCCGCGAAUCUCGCCAGUCUGGAUGACAAAGACGUGAUGCCCCUGGCGCGCGCCGCGAUCCACGCCGCUGUCCUCAAAGAGUCGAACCGCUUCUACCUCUCCAGGGCCUCCCCGGACCUACUCGUCAGGAAAUUGGCUGAAGGCUACCAGUCUACCAUGUUCCUCAUGCGGUGGUAUUGCAGGCAUAGGAGAACUCCCUUGCCAUUGCCCUACAGCACCACCUGGAACCUGACUCUGAAAGCCGGCAUGGAGAAUUUGACCAACAUGCAGAAAGGACUCAAGCUACACAGUGCCUUCCUGCACUGGCGAGCUACUGGUCGCGACAUCUGGUCUGGUCUUCUCUAUUUCGUCGUGGCCCUCUUGGAUAAAUGGGUUGCUCUUCUCACUGGCGGCGGCUUGGUCGGCCUUUCUGCUGCCAACAGCGAGGAAUUUCGACUAGGCAUUGGCUUUGGCCUGUGCUACUACCUCGUCGGCGCCGUUUCUCUCGACAUCGUAUCUCAGCCUCUGUGGACAGCUGCCAACGAAAAAUCCAAGAAACCCAUUUCCUCACUGGAGUCCCUUCGAGAGAUCAACAUUGAAGAGGCUCAAGCCAGACGCAGUCUCUACUGGAGGUCUCUUUGCAAGUUCUUCUUCCUGCACAUCUGGGGUGCUGCCGUUUUUAUGGCUCUUAUGUGGGUGUUCCAAUCCUCGCGCGACAACACCAUUACGUUCCUGGGAUACAUCGUCGCCUACUCUGGUCUGCUCUGGUAUCAGUUUAACAAGAUCUUCUGUGGAACUAGGAGCGCCGCUGCCCUCGCUGUUGGCGCCUUUGUUGGUCUUCCCACCGGCCUUGUACUGCACAAGACGGGCCCUGGCUUUGGGUACAGCGGCCUCAUAUGUCUGGGUGUUGCUACGUGGGCGUCCUGUCUUUGGUCCUUCUUUUAUACCAACCUAGGCUGGCCAACUUUCUUGAAGUCUGGGCUAAUGUCUGAGAAGUCGGUUGAAAAGCACGACGUGGAGUCACCGAACGUUACCUACUCUGUCAGUGCCCUGGAGCCCUUCCCGGAGUUGUCCCAGAGCAGCGUUUGCAAAUUAUUCGAGUCAAGUCGCAAUCUGCCAGAGGACGAGCGGUACUUUCUCGAUCCAGCUGAACAUCCUGGCCAAAGGGUUAUUGAUCUUUUAUCUCCGCACAGGAUGCUCCGAGCUCCUGAAAUCCUCAGGGCCGCCUUCCCAGCAGCGGGCGAGCUGCUCCAAGCGGCUGUGGAAAAUUGGAAGUCUGGCAAGAUUGUCGUCGAGCUCGUGUCCUCCCAUCAUCUCUCCCCGUCGGACAUUGACAUCCGGUCCGUUAGUCGUCAUCUUGGCCAAGUGCUGCACAUUUUUGUCAUUCUAGACUCUGACUAUGUCCACGAUGAAGGUACGGCGAAAAUUUAUCGUCACUGGAAGGUCAUCUCGGAAGCAAUUAUCAGGGCCACGGCGCAGCAUCUUCUUGGCCUAUCGUACCAUGACUCCAUCCUUGCCGAGUUGCUGGUUGUUGAUCAUUUUCACCAUGUUGAGAUAUCCCUUCCCAUAGGCGUCAAGCGACAGCUCGAGGCGUCGCCCGCGGAGCGAACUCGGGUAAUGCGUGAGGGCAACCAGACGCUGCUUCGCUAUGUUCUUCUCGGCGUGGACGUGGAACGUGAGUGGGACCUGCUUCCCAAGCAUAUUCGGCGCUUCCUACUUCGGCGUUGUGAUGGCUCGUCUGAACCCUUGUCGAAUGAUGAGGAAGUCUGGUUGCAGCAGAGAACGUCCUCGCGCGGCUCUCCUGGAAAUAUCGACUGGCACAUCGCUCGUUGCAAACUGGGCGUGGCUCUCACCCACGCCAUCCUCAACUACGCCCACAAUCUCGAGGCCGAGGGUUACUCGGAGAGUUGUCACGCUGGCAGCGAAGGGCACGAUAUUAUCGUCUCGUCUGGUGGCGAGCUCUCCAACACAAGGCUCCCAUCCCUCAUCAAGCCCGUCUCAUCACGCAUCCUGCAGAAGGUCAACCUGUGCAUAAAGUUUUUAGUCCUCUCCUUGACAGCCGACCCAGAGUACCAGAGAGAGCUGGAUUUUGUGAUUCAGAGCAAGCCCGGCUCGCUCCGCUGGCCACUGGUCUUUUUUCUCAACGCUAUCUGGUCAUAUUGUAAAUUCUUGCAGAAUGUCCUAGUUCCAUUGGUUUUAUUCCACGGUCGGGAGCCCGUGGCCAGGAUCCAGAAACACAUCAAAGGGAUGACCACUGUCCUGGAAAGGCGCAAGGUCAUCACCGAAACCUUGAGUGGUCCUUCUACCUGGUUCUGGACUGUUGGAGCCGACGGAAGCUUGAGGGUGUCUCAAUACAACGGUCGCCACGAUGAAGAGCCCAGCGACGUUCAGAAGCUGGUGGCUGUCAACACAUACACGGACAAGCUGGUCCUACAACAAAGGGAGGUCUACAACAAAGGGGUGGUUGCAAGCACGUACCACUAUGAGUACCGGGACGGCGAAUCCAGACUACCUCUUCAACGUCGGUGCCUAUCGGGCGAUCGCACGGGCGAGGUUGUCGAAUAUGACCGUCGGGGAUACAUCACGUCUGGCUCCGCCAUGAGGGGUGUCAACCGCGUUACAUGGAAGUUCUGGUAUCGCAAGAAUGCCAAGCACGAGGAUGAGUUGCUCUGGGCCGAGUAUACCUUCCCUCACAUAACAAUCAAGGUGCUUUGGAGCAUGCCUCCCCGCAACCCUCAGAAGCUUCUUGAGCACUGGAUCCCAUUCUCCACCGUCACGGAGGCUACGUUUAUCCACGGUGAAAAUGUAUAUCACGCCUCUUGGGGGUUUGAACACAAAUCCCACCCCGAGGUGUCGGUCACUCUCAACGGCAAUCCUAUAGUGGCCCCACCGAUGAUUAAGGAAGAUUGGUUCCAUGUCCUACAGAAGCCCGAGAAGUGCAGCUUCCAGAGUGAAAACCCGCUGCUCUCCUUCUCCUCCAUCAAGACGAACCCCCUGUCCCGACUUCUUGGAUUCAACGUCAAGAGGUACCCGAUUCCCACCUCGGUGGCGCGUACCCAGCUCUGGAAGGCGUGGAAAGACGGCCGCGAAGUGGACGCCAUCAGUGCCCGAUGGCUCGACGAGAAGCUUCUCCGCUCUGACUACAUCAUGCGCCCAUACUGGAGGAUGCGUGACUUUGGCCGCCUGGAGGGUGCCAAGAAGUACCUUGACGCCCAGGCCGAUAGCAUCAUGGCCCGUGUUGAUCUUGACCCGAGCAUCAGUUCAUGGGUGCACAUUGCCUACAAGAUUGCUGAUCUGUAUAGCUUUGGUCCCGGUGGCGAUGCUCGGAUCAACACACGCAAAUUGGAGUCGCAGCUCCACGAUACUCCAGAGGAGCUCCAUGUUCUCGCCAUGGAUACCUCGACAUGGCCGAAUGAUCCGGGCGGUGUGUCUGCCUGUCGAAGGGACAUGGUCAACGACCUCAAAACAAUCAAAUGGCACGUCGUCGCCGAGUCGGCCAAUGAUUACGGCGUUCCGCGGUUCCAAAUUGAGCGAAACGUCCAGUCGCUGACAAUUCUGCCGCUCUGGGGAUUGGAUUUCCUAAACCCGACACAUGGGGUCUUGGAGGGGAAACUGGACUCAGCCGUGGUGCAGCGAUCACAGAUGACGCGCACUGCAGACAUAACACGGAACUUCUUGCCCAUCCUCAGCAGCCUGGUCAAAUGCUCGCGCACGGUUGACCUGAACCGCCAGCACAUCGAGGAGGCCACCAGGGCCUUGGUGGAUCUCAACACCUAUUUCGAGAAGACGCGUAAUUGGAACGACGUGUGGCAGCACCCUGUUGUCAAGGAGAAGUGGCGCGAGCUGUGGUUGACGGAGACCCUGGAGGGCGCCUUCAACAUUUCCCAGUGGUGGGACUUUGAGAAGCCCAGCCUCAAGCAGCUCGAUUCGGCGCUGGACCUGUGGUGCCGCUACCUUUUCAUCUUUUCCUUGCCUGUCCCCGAGGAGAUUCCCGACGUCUUUCAAGCGUCGCACCACUUCACGGGGGCCACGUACGGCAUCGUCUGCAAGGCCAAGCGCAACUGCACCUUGCACAUCUGGGACCACUGCAUCAGUUUCAGGGAGUUUAGCACCUUUAUGAGCUCGGCCGUUUCGUACGACGCGCCGUUUGUCAACAGCUCGCUCAUCUCCCUCACACACCUCAGCUGCGUUCUGCUUGAGCACCACGCCGAUGUCGUGCUGCCCUGCUGUGACUACUUUAACCCCGGAUGGGAGGUGGAGCUCGGCACCGCCGAGGGUGUUGUCGAGCACCGCCGGACGUUUGAGCGCAAGAUCGACCCGGUCGUCAACGGCAUCUGCAACAUGGAGAAAUUCGAGCCCAUCAAAACCAUCAAGACGGACCAGCCCACGGUGGUCAUGUUGUCGCACGUCCAGUACGCAAAGGACAUCAAGAACGCCAUCAUGGCGACUGACAUCAUCGUCAACAAAUGGGGCAUCAGGGACUAUCGCCUCCACGUGUACGGCGACCAGGAGCGGGCGGCAUCCAUUGCCACGGAGUGUCAGGAGCUCAUCGCGUCCAAGAACCUCCAGGACUACUGCAUCCUCAAGGGCCUGGGCAACCCGUCAGUGGUUCUCCAAGACGCCUGGCUGUUCCUCAACUCGUCCAUCUCGGAGGGCCUGCCGCUGGCCAUGGGCGAGGCCGCGCUGACGGGGGUGCCCGUGGUGUGCACCGACGUGGGGGCCUCGUACUGCGUGGUGACGGACCGCGAGACGGGCGACCGCUUCAGCGAGGUCGUCCCGCCCAACGACUCCGAGUCGCUCGCCCGGGCGCAGAUCAGCGUCAUGGGGCUCCUCGGCCGGUGGGCCGAGUACGCCGACGACCCGCCCGGCGCCGAGGUGCCCGUGCUGGGAUACCCGAUGCCGACGCCGGAGCAGGUCAAGCGCAUCUCGGAGCGCAUCUACGCCAAGACGGAGCAGCGUCGCGCUCUGGGCAUGCGCGGCCGCCAGAACGUGCUCAACAACUUCUCGUCAGAGCGCUACCUGCGCGAGCACGAGCAGAUGCUGUGGAUCGGCAAGUACCGCAGCAGGUCGCACCGCACGCGGAUGGUCGCGACGGGUUCCAGCACGCCAACCUCGCUGCCCUUGACCUGGUCGUCCCGCCUGACGCCCGAGUCGUGGAACUCGCUGUGCAGCAAGGAGAAUCUGUCACGCGCCGGCUGGCGCUCCAUCGCCUCGAGCACCUACAGCGUGCGCGAAAUCUUUAGCCAGCGGGAAAAACAACAUGUUUAG